AUGAUCGAUUUCGAGCCGUUGAAAUUCGACCCGCCGUCAGGCCCCGUUACAGGAGCGCUCGCUUCUCACAAACUCGCUGCGCGAGCCGUGGCGAGAUUGAAGUCGCUUCCCGUCGGCGAUGUGCGGUUGCUGUGUAACACCGUCGUGGAGGAGAUUGGCGAAAUGACUGGUUACGAUCGCAUCAUGGUGUACAAGUUUCACGAAGACGAGCACGGCGAAGUGCUGGCGGAGUUUCUCAACAACCAGAAGAUCGAAUCGUCGCAGAUGGCGCGCCACACGUUCAUGGAGAACCGGAUGGCGCGCCACACGUUCAUGGAGAACCGGAUGGCGCGCCACACGUUCAUGGAGAACCGUGUGCGAAUGAUAGUGGACAGCAAGGCGGCGGGGGUGGACGUUCUGCCCAUGGCGCGUCGCACGUUCAUGAAGAACCGGGUGCGCAUGAUAGUGGACAGCAAGAUGGCACGGCGCACAUUCAUGGAGAACAGGGUGCGAAUGAUAGUGGACAGCAAGGCGGCGGGGGUGGACGUGUUGCAUCAGGGCGCGCUGCCGGGGGGCCUGUCCCUGGCGCACAGCACGGUGCGCAUGGUGCGGUCGUGCCACCGCGAGUACAUGGCCAACAUGGGCACCCUCGCGUCUCUCGUGCUAGCCAUCACCGUCAGCACCGGCACGGUGCGCAUGGUGCGAUCAUCAUGCCACCGCGGGUACAUGGCCAACAUGGGCACACUCGCGUCUCUCGUGCUAGCCAUCACCGUCAGCACGGGUCGACUCAAGAAGUCGUACGCCUCCCUCCUUUCAUCAUCUGCUCCUCCUUUCUCUUUCCAACAUCCCACACCACACCACAGGGAAGCAGGGGCGGCAGCAGCUGCAGCAGCGGCGCCACCCAAUGACGUCGCCGGGGCUGGGAAGGCGGUUCGGGCCGAGCCUGGGCGGCGGCUAUGGGGGCUGGUGGUGUGCCAUCACUGCUCGCCGUGCAUGGUGCCCUACCCCACUCGCUCCGCCUGCGAGUUUCUUGUGCAGGUGACCCCCUGCCCUUCCACUCCCAACCCUUCCACGCCCAACCUUGGCUGGUGGUGUGUCACCAGUGCUCGCCUUGCAUGGUGCCCUACCCCACCCGCUCCGCCUGCGAAUUCGUCGUCCAGGUUCGCCCCUUCCAUCCUGCUUGUCUCCUCCUUUUCCACCUUCCACCCCCAACCCGUCCACUCCCACCUCUUCUAUCCCCAACGCUGGUGUCACCACUGCUCGCCCUGCAUGGUGCCCUACCCCACCCUCUCUGCCUGCGAGUUCCUCGUCCAGGUGAUGACACCCUUUUCGUCCUGCUUGGCCCCCUCCUUUCCCCUCCCUUCUCCCUCUCCCCUCCUCUCUUUCUGCCGUGUACCUCGCUUACUCCCGUCUUCCCUCCUCAUUCUCUCCAUCCUUUCUCCACCUUUCUCUCCCCACCCCGCCCCUUCCCACCCCAUCCCUUCCCACCCCGCCCCUUCCCACCCCAUCCCUUCCCACCCCAUCCCUUCCCACCCCAUCCCUUCCCACCCCGUCCCUCCCCACCCCGUCCCUUCCCACCCCAUCCCUUCCCACCCCGCCCCUUCCCACCCCAUCCCUUCCCACCCCAUCCCUUCUCACCCCAUCCCUUCCCACCCCGUCCCUUCCCACCCCGUCACUCCCAACCCCUUCCCUUCUCACGCCGUCACUUCCAACCCCUUCCCUUCCCACCUCGUGUUUGCGGUGCAGCUGAGCAAGGAAAUGGACCUGGCGAAUCAGCUCAAAGCAAAGCACGCGCUGAAGAUGCAGACGCUGCUGUGCGACAUGCUCAUGCGCGAGCCGCCUGUUGCCCUCGUCACCAAGACACCCAACAUCAGCGACCUCGUGCACUGCGAUGGGGCAGCUUUAUUGUACAACGGGCGGUGCUGGCGACUAGGGUCCACACCGUCUGAGCCUCAGGUGCUGAACAUAGCAGAGUGGCUGCUGACCCACCACAGCGACUCCACAGGGUUCAGCACCGACUCGCUGCUCAACGCCGGCUACCCCCACGCGUCUGACUUGGGCGAGGAGGUGUGCGGGCUCAUAGCCGUCAAGUUCAGCGAUAAAGACUUCCUCAUGUGGUUCCGGGCGCAUGCAGCGAAGGAGGUGAAGUGGGGAGGGGAGAAGCACGAUCCGCUAGACGUGGACGACCCCACACGCAUGCACCCUCGCACCUCCUUCAAGGCCUUCCUCGAGACGGUGCACAUGCGCUCUCAGCCCUGGGAGGAUGUUGAAAUGGACGCCGUUCACAGCCUGCAGUUGAUCCUUCGGUCCGCGCUGCAGGAGCAUGACGAGGUGAAGCGCAGACAGCUGAUGCUAGCGCGAGUUGCAGAGCUGCGGCUGCAGAGCAUGGACGAGAUCAACCAGGUGGCGAAUGAGACGGUGCGCAUCAUUGAGACCGCCACCGUGCCCAUCCUGGGCGUCAACCGCAACGGCCAGAUCAACGGCUGGAACAUGCAGAUUGCCAAGCUCACCGGUGUACCAGUGGAGGAGGCGAUGGGGCGCUCGUUCCUGCAGGAGCUGGUGGCGGAGGAGAGCAAGGCGGACACACAGAGACUGCUUGUAUCGUCAUUACAAGGCAGGGAAGAAUCGGACGUGGAGAUCCGCCUCAAGGUGUGGCGCAGCGGAGUGCCGGCGGGGGUGCUGAUCAUGCUGGUGAACAGCUGUGCCAACCGGGACAUUCACAACCAGAUCGUGGGCGUGUGCCUCGUGGGGCAGGAUAUCACCACUCAGAAGAUUGUUAUGGAUCGGUACAUUCGCUGCGAAGGAGACUACAGAACAAUCGUGCAUUCCCCCAACCCGCUCAUCCCGCCCAUCUUCGGAAUGGACGAGUACGGCAUCUGCAGCGAGUGGAACACGGGCAUGAGCCGCCUCACGGGGCUGGGGCGCGGGGACGUGCUGGGCAGGCUGCUGCUGGGGGAGGUGUUUGGGCUCGACAUGGCCAUGCUGAUGCUGAGGGAUGAGGAUGCCAUGACUGAGCUGGAGAUUGUGGUGAACUGCGCGAUGGAGGGGCAUGAGGACACCAGCAACCACCCAUUUUCGUUCUUUGCAAGAGAUGGCAAGCUGCAGGUGAGAGGGUUGGAGCAGGAGGUGCUCCUAACGGUGAGCAAGCGCACGGACGUGGACGGGCGCAUAACGGGCGUCUUCUGCUUCCUGCACUCCAUGAACCGCGAGGUGCAGGAGGCCCUUAAAGCCCAGGCCGCCGCCGAGACUGCCGCGCAGGCCCGCAUAGCGCAAUCAGACGUGGCCAGAGAAAGCCUCCGGGCGCCCCUUGACGGUCUAGCCUUCAUCCGCCUGUCUCUGCAGCGGUCAGCCAGCCUCUCGCCCGACCAGGUUCAGCUGCUUGAAACCGCCGCUGCGCUGGAAGAGCAGAUGAGAACAAUUCUGGCCGAUAUGGCGGAUUUGAAUGCGGUGGAGGAGGGUUAUUUGGACGUGCAGAGGGUUGAAUUCUCCCUGGUCUCGGUGCUGAACGCAUCGCUAAGCCAGGCGUCGGGAGCAGCAAUCGCCAAGGGGCAACAACUGGUCUGCUCAGUACCCAGCCCUAUGAGAGUGCGAGUAUUCGGCGAUCCCACACGGCUACAACAAGUGCUCGCCACGUGUCUCCGCACGGCUGUCGAGCACACGCCGCCGACUGGUUGGAUCGAGCUGAAGCUAGAAGCGCCGAUGAGAGGAGCGGCUGAUGUGCCGCCUCCGCAGGGGCACCCGUCGGCUGAACGGUUCAGAUUCACCGUCGCACACUCGGGGGAUGGGGUGCCGGGGCCGCUGGUGCAGGUGCUGGUGGGGAGGGGGGGCGUGGCAGCGACGGGGUUGCAGGGCAUGGCACUGCGGUUGUGUCGGCGGUUGGUGCAUCUUCUGGGGGGUGAAUUGGGUUACGCGUUUGAGAGCGGGCGGUGCUGUUUUAGACUGGACUUGCAGCUGCCUGUGAAGCACAAGGCUGAAGCUACGGCUGACUGGAUUUACAACUACCGGAUAAGCACAAGGCAGAGGCAAUGGCUGGUAGCAGAGCGUGAGAAGGGUGAAGGGGGCGCUGGUGCAGGUGCUGGUGGGGAGGGGGGCCGUGGCUGCAACGGGGUUGCAGGGCAUGGCUCUGCGGUGUGUCGGCGGUUGGUGCAUCUUCUGGGUGGCAAGCCGGGGUGCGCAUUUGUGAGUGGUCGGUUCUGCUUUAGAUUGGACCUGCAGCUAUUGGUUAACCACAAGGUGGAGGCAACGGCAGGGAGCAGAGCAUGA